GGCGGAGCCCCGGGAGCAGCUCAGCCCCGCGGGGCCGGGCCGGGGUGGUGCGGGCUGUGGGGCGGAGGGGGAAGGUGGAGCGGUGGCUGCUCGCCGGGAAGCCGCUGUUGGCCGCCAUGGGAGCGCUUGCGGACGCCCCUGUGGUGAUCGCCGUGACCGUGGUAGCUGUGUCUGCCCUGCUGCUGCUGCUGCUCAGACGGACAGGGGGGAGGACGAGCGACCCCGUCACGUUGCAGGACCCUGUCGUUAAAUACCCGCUGCGGCUGGUGGACAAAGAGGAAAUCAGUCAUGAUACCAAGAAAUUCCGAUUUGGGCUGCCUUCACCUGAUCAUGUAUUAGGAUUACCUGUAGGCCAACAUGUUUACCUUUCUGCAAAAAUCGAUGGCAAUCUGGUGAUUCGAGCCUAUACCCCUGUUUCCAGUGAUGAGACAAAAGGUUAUGUUGAUUUAAUUAUAAAGGUCUACUACAAAAAUGUAAAUCCCAAGUUUCCAGAAGGUGGGAAGAUGUCCCAGUACCUAGAUAACAUGAAGAUUGGAGAUGUUAUUGACUUCAGAGGGCCAAAUGGGCUCCUUGUCUACAAGGGGGCAGGUACCUUUCUUAUCAAGCCUCAGAAGAAGGCUGAAGCUGAGAAGAAGUUUGCAAAGCAUCUUGGGAUGAUAGCUGGAGGAACAGGAAUAACUCCUAUGUUGCAGCUGAUACGUCAUAUCACAAAUGAUCCUAAGGACUCCACCAAAUGUUACCUUCUCUUUGCUAAUCAGACAGAAAAAGAUAUAUUACUGAGAGCUGAGCUAGAAGACAUUGCUAAGAGGCAUCCUGAUCAGUUCACGCUUUGGUAUACACUGGACAGACCUCCACAAGAUUGGAAGUACAGUUCUGGCUUCAUCACUGCAGAUAUGAUUAAAGCCCACCUCCCUUCCCCUGGCAGCGAGACGCUUAUUCUCAUGUGUGGGCCACCACCUAUGAUUCAGUUUGCGUGCCUGCCCAACCUGGACAAACUCGGCUAUCCUGAGAGCAGUACAUUUGCUUAUUAACAGCGAUGUCAUCUCAUACCUUUCUGUAAGAAACAGUCUCUGGCAAGCCUGCAGUAGCAGUUUGGGGGCCAUUAUCACUGCACUCACCAGCAUCCAUCUGAAUUUCUAGGUGGCUCCGAUUAGUCCACAUGGUAUAACAGAAUAUUAAUGAUUCCUACAUUAGAAGUUAAUUAUAAAAAUAAAAAAAUUACAAAAUAUUUUUCAUAUAAUAGUGUGUAAACAUACCAUGUAAAAGACAACUGAAUAAAAGGGUAAAACAUGGUGCCAGUCUUGGCUUUCCAGACUCUGGCUAUAAGUACCCUUUCUCUCUCAACACCUAUUUCACAUUAUGUAAUAUGGAAAACAGCGCAGAGGAGAGCUACCUGUAAAUGUGUUGCUACCUUGACAACAUUGAAUGCUUAUGUAGCAAGUGUCACUGACAGAAAAGAGGUAAAGCUUUUCUGCACCACAGCAUUAAGCUUCUCCUGGCCACCUUUCUAGACAGGCAUGAGGUAUUAGUGUUCUUGGUCAUGCUGAAACAUCAUCUCCAGUCUUCAAAGGUAGGUGUUAGAAAUCUGUUGUCAUUCAGCAUUUCAUCUUGACUUAACAUAGUCUGAAAAAACAAGAUGUGAAUGAGUAAGCAUAUUCAGUUAGAGCUAAAAAGAAAUCCAGCUGCAAUGCGAUCAGGUUCACAACAGAGGGGGUUAGAGCCACAAAAAAUUAAUAAGGAUUUCUCAAAGGCAGCUUUAGAUAAACUUGUUUGCUUGAGAAAAUUCUCACAGAGCUUGUGUGUGGCAUAUGACUUAACUAUGUUACAUAAAUCUUCAUUAUACCUUUCAGUUAACUCUUUAAAAAAUAGCUGCUAUAGUCAGGAAUUAAUACUGUUGGGUUUGUUUGUUUGAGUUUUAGCUCAUGUAAAUUUUCAAGGCUUUACCUCUUCACUAGACUUUGCUGUGACUGAAACAUUCAAGUAGUGGUUACUUACAAAGUCUUUGAAUUGUUUUCAUUUAAGGGAAUGAGUAUCUGUCAUUGGGUCAAAGAGAUAUCAGAGUUCAUGUAAUCUUAAAGCAGGCCUAAAUGAAACUUAAUUGCUAGUGCCAUUUAAAAGCAGGGUUUCUUGGGCUGUGAAUUUGCAAUUAGGCUACAAAGAGAUAUUUAACAAGAAUAGUGACCCACUUGCUCUUUAACUACUACCAGCAAGGACCAACUUUAGCAGAAUACAUUUGUGACUUUAAAAUGAAUGAAAUUAGUACAUACCGUAAGAUGGCUUAUGCCUUGAGAAAGAGCCCCUAUUUGCAUUACUGUUCCUUCUGAAUGUUCCAUCUGUAAAAGUAUUCAGGAACUAGUUCAAAUCAGACAGUAUGUGCAACUUUAUUCAUUCUACAUGCAUCUUUGGAUGGUAUCUGUGCCUGGAUGAAUGGAAGUGUGGUACAUUUAAAAGCUCCAAUUUCUGCACAUUAACAAACAUGCCUCCAUGCUAUAAGGUAUGUGAAAACACAUUUAACAAUAGGAAGACAGAAUCCUGAUUAAGACAGACUGAUUCCAUGAAACUUGAGCUGUAAUUCACAUAAGAAAAAGCUUAACUGAUACUAUCAAUGAAGAGUAAUAUUUUCUAGAUUGUGUAACACAUACUUCCAGUAGUCUUCUUCCACAGGCAAGUGGUAAGUCCUUUGUGAUAUAGUCUCACCUAUUCUUAUAUAAAAAGAUUAUCAGUUCUAGGGCACUGAGCUUUCCCCGUCUGCCCACGUGCUCCGAUGUCAUGCUUCAUUGAAGACCGUGCUGCUAGGGAAAAAUCUCAUGUUGUUACAAUGCUUGAACAACGGCAUAGUGCAAGCUGUUGGCUCAAAGUUAAUGCACUCAUUUGCAACUCGUAACUGUGCAAGUGGACAUCCGUACUAAAUUGGAGUCCCAAUUCAGUAUUUUCCCUGCUUAGGAACAUUACUUUUUUUGCUAAGGCUGAAAAGGCAAUGGUUAGAUAAUGAACACAAAUGAGAUGUUAAGAUGCAGUAAACCAUGCAAAUGGAAAAAUUAAUUUCACAGUUAGUCUUUUCAAUUUUGUGACCAUUCUCUUAUUAGGCUUAAAAAGUUUUAUCAUCUCAGUUAAGGUCACUGGAGAUAGGACAGUUUACUCCAGCUGCUUCUGUCUGACUCUUGUGUUUGCCCAAGCUCAUACCAGCCUCCAGGAGCUCCAUUUUUCAGGGUUUACAUCCCUUUACACAACAGCAAAGUUGAAUCAAAUUUGAUGGCUUUCGGUUUUCAGUCUUCGUCAUUUGUCUAUAUGAUGUCUAGACACAGUUCCAUUCACAAGUUCACUACUGCAUAACAAAAGUGAAUUAUUUAAGUAUUGGUUUAUUAAUAAUCUUGUUCAUUACUGAGGCAUUGUUUUCAUGUAUACUGCCUAAGCAUAGCUACUCCCCACUGUACAUAAUGAAAGAAAAAUUCAGUUGGAUUCUUCAAUUAAUGUCUGUUAAAAUAUACAGUCCAGUUGUAAUUUAAUACAUAACGUGAUAGCUUUGUACAAAUUAGACCAAAUAAAUUCAUUACAUUAAAAACCACCCAUAAAGAUAAUGAAGCCAUACUGAGACUAUGAAAUCUAGAAGUACAAAAGUCUUGUGUUUACUGUAACCUCCACCUUAAUUGUCAAAAUACAUCGAUCCUCAUAGUGUAAAGGUGUUACAUUCCUGAAAAAGGGCUUGAAGAUGGAUGAGUUUAUGUUGAUUAAAAAAAUUAACCUGA